CCUAGUUACAAGGCACCAUGUCACGCUGACAGCAGCCAGCUGGAGCCGCUAACGGAGAUUUUGUUUUGCUUCUAACGCAGCAUUGCGUUUCAUGUAUUCGUCUUUUCAACGGAACACAUCCUCUCCAAAGAGUUAAAUGCAACUGUAACGUGAAACACUGUUUACCGGAAGCCCCUCCGCCAGGUCCAGCGUGUUGGCAAUGUCUGCCAUGUUCAGCCCAGGUGAACUAGAAGGUGAAGUGGAUCAUUCGUUUUUCGACAGUGACUGCGAUGAACGCAGCGUCAGUAAAGAUGGAGGGGGAAAGGAGCGCCCACCACCACAUGAGAGCCUACUUGCAAAACAGACAGAAAACACAAAAGGUGGCUUGUCCCCGAGGACUGAUGGGCCAAAAAAACAUGUGACAGCAGCUGACAACAACAGUAGCAGCAGAGCAGAAAGGAAGAAGGACAUCUGUCAGUCAAAGGAAGAAGACAGGAGCAGGGUGUCUGGCGUAUCUGUUGCAUGUGCAUCAGAAAAGGUCAUCAGUAAUAGCAGUGAUAGUGAGGCAGACUCUAAUAUGCACUCUAACAGGUCCAAAGGAACACUCAUGGCUUUGUUGACUGAGGCCAGAGAGUUUGAUUAUAAAGAUGUGUACAGUCAGAGUCCAAAUGAGUCUGAAGAGGAAACACCACCAUCCAAACACUCAGGCUCAAAAGGGAGAAAUAAACAGUCUCCUAAAAAACUGAUAAGAAGUCGGCGCACCCGAACGCCAUCCCCCACCUCAACCGAGAGCAGCGUAGACGCAGACUCGGAGCACUCCUGUAGCAGUAGCAAUGGGAGAAGCAGUUGUGAUUCCUCCGUCUUUCACAAGGCCAACAAACCUUCAUCUCCUGGAGUGAGAAGGACCAGAGUGGGCUCAACAGGAUCUCGGGAGGGGCCUAUUGGCCGUACAGAGGAGUCAGAGGAUACAGUGACAGAUGUGAGCCCCCUCUCCUCUUCUGACUUUAGCCCUCUCCAGUCGUUGGACCUGAACAACACAGAGGCAGAAGAGGGUAGCCUGAAAGAGCAGCAGCAGCAGCAGCAGCAGCAGCAGCAGCAACAACAGCAGCAGCAGCAGCAGGAAAGAGUGCCCUCCAGUGGCCUCAGCAGCAUACAUCAAGAUGAGGACUCAGAUCAAGAUGUAGACGACUGCUCCCUCAGUUCAGAGAGUCAGCUCGGAAGUAAACUGGUCUUGCGCUAUCCUGGAGGGAGGAACAGGAAGAACUACUCAUUCACCAACGAUGAGGUCCGACGCAUAGAUCGCGAGAACCAGCGUCUUCUUCGGGAGCUGUCCCGCCAUUCUCCAGGGCCCAGACCAGGAAGUACAGCAAGAAAGAAAACCCACGUGGCCAGCAAGUCGCCUCAUAAUCGCCUCUCUCACAGUGCUCUUAACAGACAGCGGGAACAGCAACGCAUUGAGAGGGAGAACCUGGCUUUCCUGAAGAGGCUGGAGUCCGUCAAGCCUACACCUGGCCUAAAGCGCUCAGAGCAACUGGAAGACUAUCAACGACACAUGGGAUACCUGGGAGCUCCUUCGUACACUGUCUGUAUGUCCACCACUAAUAAAGAGAGGCCUUCCAGUAAGACAUCCUCAGCAGGACCCAGGCCAGCCAGUUCUGCCCACCACAGCUCCAGAGCAGUUUCCACCACCUCUGACUCCGGCAAAACACCUGCACCCAGGUCAAAAAAACUAAGUGCACCCCGACCGGCCUGGUGCUGAAAAAACACUGCCAUUUUCAACGAAGCACAUCGCUGGUUCCCUUUAGUGACAUCUGUUGGUGUCCGUCCAUCACAAACGGUUACGUUGUAAAGGUAUGAAGCUUAAAGCAGCUUUUACAUGCAUGACUUCACCUGGCUUUUACUUACCUAAAUCAGCUAUUCAGUGAUUUGUGUCGUCAUGGUUAUCAGAUAAAAUGAAGGUGGACUUCUUUCUCUUUGAUGCUGAAAUAUAGCAAAUGGUCAGCUCAGACCUACUAUAAUGCAUUCCAACAGUUCAGUUGUGGCUUCUGAAUACUGCAGUAGCUCUACACGACAGUUAUCUAGCUGUAUAUUUGUAAGGAAUAUGCUCUAUACUUCAGCAGCCAUAUUGAAAUUACAGACAAUUAACUGUUUAUGUGAGAGACCUUACCAUUAAAUCUGCUUUUUUUUUUUGUUUGCCCUCGUUUCUCGUAUUUGUACAAUUUAUGAUGCACUAGAGAAUGAUGUUUUUAAACAUUAAAUAAAAAAUAUAUGAAAUAUUAUUUUGGGGUUAUGUAUAUUAUGUGCCUUAUAAA